CAGAGUCGAGGAUGCUGGAGCGCGUGUGCUGCUCGCGCGUGGGUGUCGAAGCGAAGACGCGUGAGCGACGCGACUAGCCUGGAUCCGCUCAGCUAGAGGUAAGACAUGCUAACGCGGCUAACGGGCGCAAACGUCUCACGAUUACGAUCAUCUGCCGCCACAGGAAGGAGCUUCCACUCGGUAAUGGACGCCAGUAAAGGUAAAGGGGAUCAAGGGAUGCAGAAUCCAGGUGGGCAGAUGGACAGACCCGUCAGCUUCCACUUCUUGGAAAGCAUGCUUCCCAAAGUAGUGAAGAGGCGAGUGCAUGCCUUGAAAAGGCUACAGGUGCAGUGUGCCAACAUAGAGGCUAAAUUCUACGAGGAGGUCCAUGAGCUAGAGAGGAAGUAUGCUGCCCUCUAUCAGCCGCUGUUCGAGAAGAGACGAGACAUUGUCACAGGAACAGUGGAGCCCACAGACGAAGAGUGUGAGUGGCACAGUGACAGAGAGGAAGAGGAGGAGCUAGCUGAGGAGGUAAAGGAAAAAGCUGCUAUUGAGGAUGCGAAGAAAGAGGAAGCCGUGCCAGAGGAAGACCCAAAAGGCAUCCCUGAGUUCUGGCUCACCAUAUUCAAGAGCGUGGACAUGCUCAGUGACAUGCUACAGGAGCACGACGAGCCCAUCUUAAAGCACCUGAAAGAUAUUCAAGUGAAGUUUUCUGAGCCUGGACAGCCAAUGAGUUUCACAUUAGAGUUCCACUUUGAGCCCAAUGGUUACUUCAACAAUGCAGUGCUCACUAAAGUCUACAAGAUGAAGGCAGAGCCUGAUGCCUUAGAUCCUUUCUCAUUUGAGGGGCCAGAGAUCAUUGACUGUGAAGGCUGUCAGAUAGAUUGGCACAAGGGGAAGGAUGUGACAGUGAAAACCAUUAAGAAGAAACAGAAGCAUAAAGGCCGUGGCACCGUCCGCACUGUUACCAAACAGGUUCCCAACGACUCUUUCUUCAACUUCUUUAACCCUGUUAAAGCUUCACCAGAUGGAGAAAUGGACGAAGACUCUGAGUUCACUCUAGCCACAGACUUUGAGAUUGGUCAUUUCUUCCGCGAGAGAAUAGUUCCCAGAGCAGUGCUGUAUUUCACUGGAGAGGCCCUGGAAGAUGACGAGAGUUUUGAAGAGGAGGAGCUGGAUGAGGGAGAUGAAGAGGAGCAAGAUGAAGAGGGUGAUGACGACGAUGACGAGGGAGACUUCGACCCCAAGAAAGAACAGCCCCAGCCUGCCGAAUGCAAACAGCAGUAACCGUGGUGAUCAGAGGAGGUGGAGACCUGCUGUCCGUCAAAUCAGUUCUUAGCCAAUCAGCAAGUCCUCCUACUCUUACAGGUUCUGCCCUUUUACGAACUCUCAUCUGAACGCAAUAGAACGCAAACCAAACUGCGUUUUUACUAUGUGCAUGACUUAUUUUUCUUUUGUCUUGCGCCCAUCUCACCCCCCUUUUUUUUUUCUAAUUUGGCAUCAUUGGAAUUCAAAGCAGGAAGUGACUUAACUCUAAUUAAAAUACCAUGGCAUCACAUAGGGACAGUCUUCUUCUUUUGGUAAGGUGGAGUAUUUUACUACUGCCGAGAACCUCAGAACAUCAUCACAUGGAGAAAAAAAAAGAGAUAGGAAAGGAAUGGUUCCCAACUUUAGUUUUCAUGGAAAUAAAUCAGUUACUCAGGGUUUUUUAAUGCCAACAAGAGACGUGUAAGUUUACCAGGAAACUGCUGAACAAGUUUGACUUAAUCUUUCACUGGGGUUGCUGCAGUGUUUUGUUCUUUUUGUUAUGGUGUUUUUUAAGAGACAUACAAUGUAUCAUUUUGAAUUUAAUUUACUUUU